UGCAAGUGACCUUUCAUGAUUUUAGGUGUGUUUCUUAAAUUUUUUAGUCAAAUUACUAAUUGCGGAUCUACUUUUGUUACAGGUAGGGUGAAUGGCACUGGAAAUUUGAGUGCUGACAUGAAUACAUGGUUGAGUGCGACACUGAUUAACCAAGACACUUGUCUAGAUGGUUUUGAGGACACAAACAGCUUUCUCAAAGGUUUGGUGUCGGGUACGCUCGACCAAAUCACCUCGUUAGUCCGUGACAUGCUUUCCAUGGUACGCCCACCUCCUAAUGUCGCGCCACCGAAAGGUGCCCAUUCUUGCGGCAAUGGAGGUCAGUCGGGUGGUAGGAAGCUUUUAACCAAUGACCAAUUCCCAUAUUGGCUCAAAUCGCGUGAUCGGAAACUUCUCCAAGCCACCUACAAUGUGACUCCACAUGUGGUGGUGGCUGCAGAUGGCACCGGGAAUUUCACGAGCGUCAUGGACGCGGUUUCAAGUGCACCCGAUCAUAGCACCCAAAGAUAUGUCAUAUACAUCAAGAAAGGUGUGUACAUAGAAAACGUAAAUGUUACAAAGAACAAAUGGAACAUUAUGAUGGUUGGAGAUGGCGUAAAUGUUACGGUCAUUUCGGGUAGUCGAAAUUACGUUGAUGGCUGGACAACAUACCGUACUGCAACAUUUGCUGUUAAAGGAAAAGGCUUUAUAGCACGAGACAUAACAUUUGAAAACACGGCCGGGCCCGAAAAGCACCAAGCAGUGGCGUUUCUAUCAGACUCCGACCUCUCUGUGAUGUACCGUUGUGGUAUGAGGGGAUACCAAGACACAUUAUAUGCACACUCAAUGCGUCAGUUCUAUAGAGAAUGUCAAAUCACUGGAACGGUUGAUUUUAUGUUUGGUGAUGGUGCCGCUGUCUUUCAAAAUUGUCAAAUUCUAGCACGAAAAGGCCUUCCAAAUCAAAAAAACACGAUAACUGCUCAAGGUCGCAAGGAGUCCACUGAAAAUACGGGCUUUGUUCUACAUUUUUGCAACAUAUCGGUUGAGCCUGAAGUGCUAGCAUCGUUGAACUCCACACAUACCUACUUAGGCCGGCCGUGGAAGCAAUAUUCGCGCACUGUAAUCAUGAAAUCGUACAUUAGCAAUGCCAUUAGGCCCGAAGGAUGGCUCGAAUGGAAUGAGACUUUCGCAUUCGAUACUUUAUAUUAUGGUGAAUACAUGAAUUCCGGUCCCGGAGCUGGCUUGGCAAGUCGAGUGAAAUGGCCCGGUUACCAUACAAUUAAUGAUUCAACUCAAGCAACUACUUUCACAGUGUCUCAGUUCAUAGGGGGAAAUACAUGGCUACCAUCAACCGGAGUCAAGUACACUGGAGGCCUGGAAAUUUGAGAUGCCAAUUUUUGGUCUCUUGGAUUGAACUUUUGUAUGUAAUUAACAAGAAUAAAUUUAAUUUUGUCAUGUCAUUGAUGAAUAUGAAUUUGGAGUGGUAAUUUUUGUUCAAUAAAAUUAUUAUUAUGAUUUUGAUUGGUUGUUCAAUCAUAUCGACUUGUAAUUCAACUAUUAAACAUGUCAUUGUAGUUCUAAUUGAUAUGCACAAAUAUGAAAAA